UCCGGAACCAGAGGUACCGGUGACGGAAGCGCUGAGGAGGAAGCACUGGAGUUUGUUUAUUCCCUACGUCGUCUGGCAGUCAUGGCGGACUGUGUUGUGGCCGACGCAGACACAGCCGUGAAGAUGACGGAGGACGCGCUGGCCUACCUACCCGACGAGAAGCUGGACGGAGACAUGGCUCCCCUCCAGCUGGGGGAGCUGGACCUCACCACGGACGAGUUCAUCCUGGACGAGGUGGACAUUCACAUCCAGGCCAACCUGGAGGACGACCUGGUGAAGGAGGCCCUGAGGACGGGGGUGGAUCUGAGGCACUACUCCAAGCAGGUGGAGACGGAGCUGCAGAGGAUAGAGCAGGCGUCCAUCAAAGACUACAUCAAGGAGAGCCAGAACAUCGCUCUGCUGCACAACCAGAUCACCGCCUGCGACUCCAUCCUGGAGAGGAUGGAGGGCAUGCUGAGCGGCUUCCAGAGCGACCUGUCGUCCAUCAGCAGUGAGAUCCAGACGCUGCAGCAGCAGUCCGUCAGCAUGAACGUGCGUCUGAAGAACCGGCAGGCGGUCCGCAGCCACCUCAGCCAGCUGGUGGACGAGCUGGUGGUGCCCGCCGCCAUGAUCUCCACGGUGCUGGACAGCCCGGUCACAGACCAGGAGUUCCUGGAGCAGCUCCAUGAGCUCAACAACAAGAUCAACUUCACCAAGGAGCUGAGCUUCAGAGAGACGCUGGCCUGCAACGACAUCCAGGACAUAGUGGACCGGCUGAAGAUCAAGGCCGUGUCUAAGAUCCGAGAGUUCAUCCUCCAGAAGAUCUACUCCUUCAGGAAGCCCAUGACCAACUACCAGAUCCCCCAGAACACCCUGCUCAAGUACAGGUUCUUCUACCAGUUCCUGCUGGCCAAUGAGAGGACGGUUGCCAAGGAGAUCAGAGACGAGUAUGUGGACACCAUGAGCAAGAUCUACUACAGCUACUUCAAGUCCUACAGCGGAAGGCUGCUCAAAGUGCAGUAUGAGGAAGUAGCAGACAAAGACGACCUGAUGGGUGUGGAGGACACCGCCAAGAAAGGUUUCUUCUCCAAGCCGUCUCUGAAGAGCAGGAACACCAUCUUCACGCUGGGCCAGCGGGGGGCGCUGCUGAGCCCCGCUGAGCUCGAGGGGCCCAUCCUCAUCCCCCACACCGCCCAGAGGGGGGACAGCCGGUACCCCUAUGAGUCCCUGUUCCGGAGCCAGCACUACGCCCUGCUGGACAACGGCUGCCGCGAGUUCCUCUUCAUCUCAGACUUCUUCAUGGUCACGGGGAACUCAGGCCUGGACCUCUUCAACAGCAUCAUGGGGAAGACCCUCAGCAUGCUGCUGAAGAGCAUGAGCAGCUACGUGGCGGACUGCUUCGACAGCAUCGCCGUGUUCCUCUGCAUCCACAUCCUCCUCCGCUACCGAGCCAUCACCACCAAGAGGGGGCUCCCCGCGCUGGACAGGUACUGGGAGGCGGUGCUGGAGCUGCUGUGGCCGCGCUUCGAGUUGAUCCUGGAGAUGAACAUCAACAGCAUCAGGAGCACCGACCCUCAGAAACUAGGACUGCUGGACACCAGACCCCACUACAUCACCCGUCGCUAUGCAGAGUUCUCCUCCGCCAUCGUCAGCAUCAACCAGACCUUCCCCAACGAACGCACACACACCCUGCUGGCCCAGCUGCAGGUGGAGGUGGAGAACUUUGUGCUGAAGAUGGCGGCGGAGUUUCCCUCCAGGAGAGACCAGCUCAUCUUCCUCAUCAACAACUACGACAUGAUGCUCAGCGUCCUCAUGGAGAGGGCAGCAGACGACAGUAAGGAGGUGGAAGGCUUCCAGCAGCUGCUGCUGGCCAGGACUCAGGAGUUCAUCGAGGAGCUGCUGUCUCCUCCCUUCGGGGGGAUGAUCUCCUUCGUGAAGGAGGCGGAGGUGCUGAUGGAGAGAGGCCAGCUGGAGCGGCUGAAGAACGACGAAGCCCGUAUCAACCAGCUGGUGCGGGGGUUCUCCAGCUUGAAGCACUCUGUGGAGGCCAUGAGCCAGGAGGUCAUGAGGUCGUUCACCAACUUCAAGAACGGCACCAGCAUCAUCCAGGGCGCUCUGACCCAGCUGAUCCAGUACUACCAUGGCUUCCAUAAGGUCCUCAACCAGCCGGCCUUCCGGAGCCUUGGGGCGCGCUCGGAGCUCAUCAACCUCCACCACCUCAUGGUGGAGGUGAAGAAACACAAGCCCAACUUCUAGCACACACACACACACACAGCCCAACUUAUAAUACGCAUGCACGCACACAAACACACACACACACAGCCCAACUUCUAACACACACACACACACAUUCCAACUACACAAACAAAAACGAACAAACAAACACAGCCCAAAUUCGAAGACACACACACACACACACACACACACACACACACACACACACACACACACACACACACACAGAGCCCAACUUCCCCGCACUCCAUUAGUGGCGUUCAUCAGAAGCCCCUCCCCCGGUUUCUGUUCAAUGCCACCACACUGAGGUGGUCCACUUCCUGUCCUGCGGCCGCCCAUGGUGACAGCUUCCUGUCAUGCUAACGUUGGCUAGCACCCCUCGCACCCGAUGCUGAUCACCGUGUUCUGGUCCUGAUGCUGAUCAGUGUGUGACCUCUGACCUCAGAGGCUCAGAGAUUAAUAAAGAGUUGACCUUGAA